AUGCAAAAAUAAUAUAAUAUAAACCCUAAAAUACUCGAAAACAUGAAAAAAGCUGGUUACAUGAGGCCUACUCCAAUACAAAUGUAAGCAAUACCAAUAAUAAUGGAAAAAAGAAGUUUAAUGGCAUUAGCACCAACAGGAAGUGGCAAGACAGCAGCAUAUAGUUUACCAAUAAUAAAAAUUCUAGAAAAGCAUGAAAAAAUAGGAGUUAGAGCAUUAAUAUUUGCUCCAACAAAUGAAUUAGGAGAAUAAAUAAGAAGAGAAAUAGAAUUUUUAACUUAUGGUUUGAAAGAUGCUGUGAGAGUGAAAUAUUUAUAAAAAAUAAAUACUGAAAUUAAUGGCUUUAAGAAAGAAAUAGAACAUAUUGAUAUAUUAAUUUGUACUCCUUUGAAAUUUUUAAAAAUAACCAAAAGGGCUUAAGAAAAAUUUGAAUUUUUAUAAUUUUUAGUUUUCGAUGAAGCAGAUAGAUAUUUUGAAUUUAAUUUAGCAAAAUAAAUGAAAAAAAUACUCGAAAAUUUCUAAGAUCUCCAUAAAGUGAAUUAUUUAUUAUUUAGUGCCACAAUAUAACAUCCAGUAGAGGAAUUAGUUAAAUAAUUAAUACAUGAACCAUUAAAAUUAACUGUAGGGGGCAAAAAUAACGUCUUGUAAUGCGUAGAAUAGAAACUUUAAUAUUGCCAAAGUGAGUUUGGUAAACUUUUGGAAAUAAAAAAUAUUAUUAAUAGUGGCUAAUUUAAUCCUCCUGUAUUAAUUUUUGUUUAGUCUAAAGAUAGAGGUGAAUAAUUAUUGGAAAUGGUUAGGACUUCUUUUUUGAAUACUUAAAUUAAAAUCGAAAGAAUAGAUUCAGUAUUUUAAAAAUAUUAAUUUUUUUUUAAUAAAUUAAUAUAGGAUAAGUCUAAAUAAGAUAGAGAAAUUAUUAUUGAAUAAUUCAGAUUAGGUAAGAUUUGGGCUUUGAUUUGUACAGAUUUAAUGGCUAGAGGUAUUGAUUUUAAAGGAGUUAAUUUAGUUAUUAAUUAUGAUUUUCCAACUACUAUUAUUAAUUAUAUUCAUAGAGUCGGAAGAACUGGAAGAGCUGGUAGAAGUGGUAAAGCUAUUACUUUUUAUACUAAUUAAGAUAAGCCUAUAUUAAGAAAUCUUGGAAAUAUGCUUAAAAUUUCAGGAUGUGAAGUUCCUGAGUGGAUUUUUAGUUUGCAAAAAGCUGAUAAAAAAACACUUAAACAUAUUGAAAAAUUCCCUAUUAAAAGGGAAAAUAUAUCAUUAGAUCCUGAAAUGUAAAAAUAAGAUGAUAAAGAAUUCGAGAAUUAAAUUAGAAUCGCAGAUGGAUAGUUUUAUAGUCUUUAAAAAAAAAAAAAAAAAGAAGAAAAUAACGAAGAUGGUGGAAAAUGGUAAAUUGCUUGA